CCCGAAGACUACGACUUUCACCUCAUUCAAUUCCCUCUCAGGCACGCCUGUCCCUGCGCUCCUUGCCAACAACCUUCGUUUUCCUCGGCGGUUUGACGAAAGAUCUUAGGUAUCACAUAGCUAGGUCGCAUACGAUUGUCGGUCAGGUCCUGAGCUAUCGAAGCAGGUCCGAACUUGACUGUUGGAGGUUACCGUCGCAUUAGUCCGUGGCAACCGACCGCUGCGACGGAAACACCCUGCCUUGGUGAUAAGCCAACGACAACACAUCCACCUUACCCGCCGGACGUGAUAGGCCCGCACGUUUGCUUUUUCGUCGAGAAAGGAGAGACCGUGUUGAUUACCUGAUUUGACAAGGCUUGUCUACGAAGUUCUGUCCCAGCGACUAUGUCCAAUCAGCAGGUGGGCACGGUGUUCGAUCGUGUCAUCCAAGAAGUCUGCGAUGGUUCUCAGGUAGAUUUCGAGGAGAGCGGAGUGGACCAGCAGACAUUGCUAGAUUUGAGGAAGAGCUGGCAGAAAAAACUCUCGUCCCUGGGUGUCGCUCAUUUCCCUUGGGACCCUCCACCACCUCAACCAGCCCCUCCUCAGCCUCAGAACCAGAAUCAAAUCCUUCCCCCUAAUGCGACUGUACCCUCUAAUGCUCCUCGACCCGCUCCUCCUCAAACCCCUCAACAACAUGUUCCCCCUCCGCAGUCAAUGCCUCAGUCAAUGCCUGGCACCGCGCCUCCGUUACAAGUCCCCACACCGGUCGGGGCAGCACCUAAUGCCAUGGGCCAAGCGCCACACAUCAAGACGGAGCCUGGAAUGAAUGGCCAAACCAGCUUGCCCCCUAUGAGUAACAUGAUACCUACGAACACUCCAAAUGCCCAGUCGGCGCGAGAACGUGCUGCCAACAUGUUACACCAGAGAUACGGCGCGGCCGCUGCCAACUCGGUCAGUCAGUUGCAAGCCCAGUCGCAAGCUGCCAUGGCAAUGCCAGGACAGGCCCGUCCCCCAAAUUUACCGCAUGUACCAAAUGGACAGGCGCCACAUAUAAAGCAAGAACCAGGUUACCCUCCUGUUUCUCAACCCCCCAUGAAUAACACACAAACAGACGGUGCCAGUGACGAUGCACUGUCAGCAUGGAAGGCAGAGGUUGCGCGAAGGCGUGAGGCUGCUGAACGUCAGAAUGGGGAAGGGGACAGGGUUCUCCGUGAGCAUCUGAAACAGCGCAUGCUUCAGCUUGAGGGAGGAGGCCUUCUGUUGCCAUUAGAGGAGCGCCAGGGCUCAUCAAGUGCACCUACCCGUGAACUUGCGACAGACGCCGCGGUUCCUUCGGACCCAAGCAUCUCGGUACCGUCUUCCUCUAAAGUAAUCCGAGCUCAAUAUGACGGCCCGGGAGGUGAUGAUGAGAGAGAUGAAGACGAUGAAGAUGCCAUCAACUCCGACCUCGAUGAUCCGGAUGAUCUCGUUGCUGAUGACCAUGAAGCGGAAGAUGCCGUCGGCCAAGUCAUGCUCUGCACGUACGACAAGGUCCAGAGGGUGAAGAACAAGUGGAAGUGUACCUUGAAGGACGGUAUUCUGACGACUGGUGGCAAAGAAUAUGUCUUCCACAAAGGUCAGGGCGAAUUCGAGUGGUAGGUCCCCAGUGUUCCUGUCCACCCAUAGCCACACGGUCUGAAAAUCCGGUUUCCCUUUUCUUUCUUUUCAUUUGUCUUAGCCAUGUUCAUUCAUCUUCCCAAUCUGUAAAAAU